GGAGCUGCGGGAGGCGCUGGGAGCGCGCACGGCCGGGGGCGCGCAGGCGGCGGGGGGGGGGUUGUCUCCAGGUGCCGCGAUGGCGGCGGCGGCCUCGCAGCGGGACCCGGGCGACUGGCAGGACUUCUCCGGCUUCCAGCCCCCGCAGGCUGGCGGCGCUCCCGAGGCCGCCCGCGACAAAAGCGGCUGGGCCGGGGGGGAUCUGGGGGCGAGGCUGUCCCUCUGCUUCCAGCCCCCGCAGGCCCGGGCUGGCGGCGGCGGCGGCGAGAGCCGCGUUCCGCUGCGGCCCCUCACGGAGCAGAGCGCCCUGCAGGACGACGAGAUCUGGAAUGCCUUGACUGAUAAUUAUGGUAAUGUAAUGCCAGUUGACUGGAAAUCUUCCCACACCAGAGCUUUGCACUUGCCAACGCUGAAUCUUUCAGAAAAAGGGGUAAAUGAUAACUUAAACCUUGACCUGUCAGAUGACGAAGAGCUGAGGGAACAGUUGGAUAUGCAUUCUAUCAUUGUUUCCUGCAUCAAUGACGAACCACUGUUCACAGCAGAACAGGUGAUUGAAGAAAUAGAGGAAAUGAUGCAGGAAUCACCUGAUCCAGAAGAUGAUGAAACGCCCACUCAAUCCGAUCGUCUCUCCUUACUUUCCCAGGAAAUUCAGACACUCAAGAGAUCCAGUACAAACAACAGCUAUGAAGAGAGAGUAAAAAGAUUGUCUGUUGCUGAGUUAAACGAACUGCUAGAAGAAAUUGAGACUGCUAUUAAGGAUUAUUCUGAGGAACUGGUACAGCAGUUGGCACUACGAGACGAGCUGGAGUUUGAGAAAGAAGUGAAAAACAGCUUCAUUUCUGUCCUCAUUGAAGUACAAAAUAAACAGAGAGAGCACAAAGAGACGGCAAAGAAGAAAAAGAAGCUGAAAAAUGGUAGCCCUCAGAAUGGGAAACAAGAAAGAGGUCAUAUGCCUGGAACAUAUUUAACGACCGUCAUUCCGUAUGAGAAGAAGAAUGGACCCCCAUCUGUUGAGGAUCUUCAAACGUUGACCAAAAUCCUUCAUGCCAUGAAAGAGGAUAGUGAGAAAGUGCCAGGCUUGUUAACAGACUAUAUUUUAAAGGUUCUGUGUCCUACAUGAAGAGUGCUGCCUUUCAGAAUUAACUGUGCUCCUUCCUGUGAUGAGAAGCUUUCCAUGGAUAUAACUCAUAGUUGUUUUUUUUUUUUUUUUUUUUUUUUUCCAUUUGGUACUAUACCUAAACCAGUAGGCAUUUACCUCCUCUGUGUGUGUGUGGAUUUUCUGAUCCUGCAGUACGUCCUCUGGGCAUGACAACUCAUCCAUUUUAACUUCUUAAUAGUGCAAUGAACUGGAGCAGGGAACAAACACUGUACAGUUUUACUCACAUUGUUCUGGCUUUUUAAAGUCUAUUUUUACAUUGUAUAGCAUGUAGUAAAUCCUCCUGCACAUUUUGUUGUUGGAAGGAAAAGAAAACUUUGAAUAAUGUAAAUAAAAUAUAAGACUAGUUUUAAGGAAUUCAUAUUUAAAAACAUCCUUAGUUCCUAUAGCAAAAAUGAUUGUAGUCCAAACCUGAAAAAAAAGAUUUAGAUGAGUUCUUCAGGAAGCACUCCAGAACAGUGUUGGUGGGAGUUCAUUUUUGACACUUCUUUUUAAACAGUAACUUAGAUUGAAGUAUGCACCAUUAUUGCUCACAUACUGAACUUAUGAACCGCAUUCUUUAAUGAUUUGGCAUAAGUAAUUGUAUCAAGUAUCAUUGUUACCUAACAAACAUCAGAGUAAUGUAAUAUGUCAUAUUUAAUUGUUUUUAUUUUAUUAACGUUCAUGUGGCUCAGAUAUUCUCCCAUAUUGCUGCUAUUAUUUUACUGUUUUUAAUAGGUGUUUGAUCUUAAUGAAUAUGCGUCAAUAUAUAAACAUUUUGAAAGGCUGUAUCUUUUUAAAAAUACAUGUACAGUUUGGAAAAAAAAAAAAAGAAAACUUGCACCUGGAUUCCAAGUUAGUAUUAUCUUGAGACCUUGGUCAUUGUGUAUCUUCAAACUUUACUACAAAUCUCUCAUGUAUGCACUGUCUCCUCUAUGAUGAUGUAUCUGCGUUCAAACAGAUGAGAAUGUAUUUUGCAAAUCCUGUAAAAGAUAUACCCCAGAAUCUCAAUAUUAAAUAUUUGUCACAAAUCCAUUUUGCCAGUCUUAAAGAUUAGACUUUAAGUCCUUUUAUAAGGACUACUACUGAAAACAAAGGACCUAUUUUCUAGUCUGAAUUCCUAUUAAUUCUAUACGAGAUUUUAGUACUUUUAUAUGUGAAAACACUGGCAGUUAAGAUUAUAAAGAGAGAAAUGUCUUUUCUUCAAACAGUUGUUUAAAAUCAUCAUUUUUCUUUCUUUAAGCUGAUUCAUUUUAGUCAGUAAAACAGUCAGUUUGAAAAUAGUUUCAUAAUGCUUUGCUUUUUUUUCUAAAGACCUCGGCAUUUUUCUUUUGUCCCUCUUUCUGUUGCCAAAAUUACCAGAGCUUAAAAUUUUCAUCCUCCCUCCCUCUCCUCUCCCCUCUCCUGAUGGCCGUCUUUACAGCCUGAUCAGCAGUAAUGGGUCUUCUGCAUAAGUGUGUCAUACAUGAGGAAUAUUUUAUCAUUGCUUUAUUCUGUUUCAUUAGUGGUUUCUGUAGCAAGAAAGAAGCCAUUUAUUUCUGUAGCUCAUUGUGUUAGAAGCUCAUUAUGGCAUGUUUUUAUAUAGAAAUGCUUGCUUUUUACUAUCAAUACCUGAAAACUGACUUAAGGGAGACGACCCUAUUUUUUUCAUCUUUUUUUAAAAUAGCGUAUAUGUUGUGAAACACAUUUUGUCUCCAAAUGAGAUAUCGUCAGAGGUUUUUUUUAAUAUGCUUCUGAGGCCUGAAGCGUCUUUAAAUGGAAUGAGGGGGAAAAAAAUAAUUGCAAAAAGUAUGGACAAAUUUUGUGGUGUUAGUUGUAGCGAGCCACAUUUUGUGAUUUAGUCACAAAAUACUAAAUGUAAUAAAACUUGAAAGAAAACCAAAUGCUAAAAAUCAACACCAGCUUCAGUGCGCCAAACAUCUGCUUCGGUAUAUUAUGCCCUUCAUCAGACUUAUAAAAAGUACCUGUUCAGAUUAUGAAAAAAAAACACUUUCCUUGUGUAUAAAGUCCUGGCAUUAAACAACAGUUGCCAAAGCCAUGUUUUAUAUGGCAAAUAUUUUAUAUAUACGUAUAUAUCUAUAUAAAAGUAAAUCUCAACACAUAUGAGUAAAAAGAACCAAGCAAGCCUGCUUUUCUGCUGAGUGCUAUGUACUUCAGAUUCUCUGUAAUGCAUCCUUUUUUGAGAUCCUCUAUUGAAUCUUGCAUUCUUUCAGCGAGCUGGAUGACUUCAUUCCUUUUAGUUUGUGUGUGAUAGCUGGAAAAUGGUCACCCAAGAGUAUUUGCUGGCAAAUACCUGAGAUUUGGAAAAAAUGCAUUUGUACCGAAGUCUGUUCAAUUUUUAAUAUGAAGAGUCCUAGAAACAAUGUUUGCUUAACAUCAGUGAAUUAUAAGUUACUUAAAGAUAGGUAUUUGUAUAAUUUGAUUUAAUAGCCUUUUUAAAAUCCAACCUUUUUUGUUUUUCUUUUUAGCAAUUCAGCUAUUUCAUUUGAUAUGAUUAUUCACUUACUGAUAGAAUGAAAUUUUGAGUGAAGGGCUACCUGGGAAGCAUGUCCAAGGUAGUGAAGAAUCCUUAAGUAUGUUUUCUUGACUAAGGAAAGAAACUUGACAACAGUAUUGGUUUCUUUAUGGUGAAAGAUAAUGACCUAGCUGGUAUAGGAAACUGGUGGUAAGGAAUAUCUGCUGUUGACCAUGCCAAGUAAUUGUAUCCUUAAUUUUGGAUUGGUGAUUUUAUAGCAGUAGCACACAUCUUUCUUGCUUUCAGAUCAGAUUACCUUGGAUAUUUUUUCUGCAUGCAUGUUGCUUGGAAACUACAGCUAGCGCAGAAAAUGGCACUAUGCAUGCUUCCAACAGCGUUGGUAAGUGCGUUGAUACUUCUGCACAGCCCCCUCAUUUCCAAAGGGGCGUUUUAAGAUGUGGGGUUUAAUUCCUGAAAUUCUUAGUGGUACAGAGUCUUUGUGCUAUGCAGCCUGGUUCUCCAGCUGUGGGAGUAAUGGGCAGUGGAGGUCAGCAGCUUCACUUAAAACAGCAUCUACCCAGUUCCAUCAGGAAGGACCUGUGAACAAAGCUUUCUAGUGAAGUACUCUUAGGUCUGAUGAACCACAGCCUCAAUUUAUUGACUUGUCCUGUCAUUCUAUGAAGUGUGUCCUUCAUUUUGGGUGAUGGGGCUGUAUUGUAAUAAUAACAAUCUCUGUGGGCCUGGUACUAUUUUCUCAUUUUGAUAGCAAUAUUAAUCCUUGAUAUUUCCACAUUUGACUCCAAGUUAUCCCUUGAUAUGAAGUCACCAUAAAAUAUGAAGAAACCAGAAAUUCAUCAAGUAAAAAAUGAAAUCUCAGUACAACAUGGAUAACGUGGAUCUGGAAUCAUGUCAGAUGAAUUUUGCUUCCUGCCUCUCUUGGGGGCACAGUGUUGUUUACUUUAAGCGUAAAGUGAAGUUCUGAUUGCUAUAAAGGAAAUCUACCUGUUGUAAUACUAAGAUAAUGCAAUUCAUUUUCAAGGUGUCUACAAUUUUGCAGGUAGCAGUGACUUUUAGGAAGGUUCCAUAGGGUAUGUCUAAUGACGGAGAAGCAUUAGGUACCUUCCUUGUGGAGAGUUUCUUAUCACUGAAGAAUUAGAAGGAAUGCUUUUUUUGUUAUGUUUUUGUUUUGUUUGGGGGAGGUGGGGUUGGGGUUGGGGGUGGAGGGUGGUUUGGUUUUUUUUAAGUGCUUUGUCCUUGAUGGUGAAAUGAAGUAUAUUGUUCCUUUGCUCGCAUUCCUUUAACCAAGAUCUAAUUCAGGACUUCCUUUUGGUUUUAUGUAUUGAUCAGUGACAAUUCUAUCAACUGAUCAGCAUGCAGUCAUAACAAUAAUUGGUGAAGAAGCUUUAUGAAUUGGGAGAAUUAGCUACUGAAUUUUGUCUCUGUUUUGUUUUUCUUCCCCUUAUACUCUUCAGAUGUUGAAUAGAAUCCUCUCAUUGCACUAGAUGCUAAUUCAAACAGAGCUCAUAGUUAUUUUGUUGUUUAUUUUAAACCAGUCUUUGUGUUUGGGUUUUAUGUUAACGUUAUGGAAUAAAACAUGAAUGCUAA